GGUCUCCCGGGAAAGUUGUGCCCGAGCUGCCAUCGGCUCAGAGCGGUUCCAGGAGCGGCAGCGGCGCGGCCGGGGGCUGCCGUGUGCGGGUGCCCUUCGGGGCGACACCCACUCCCCCGCCCACCCUACGGCCCCCUGCCCUUGGUGCUGGCGAUGACUCUGAACACGCAGCCCGGCAGCAGAAGCCCGCUGCGGCGGAGGGCCAGCACCCCGCUCCCGCGGCCGGGGGGCUCUGGGGCCACUUCGCGGGGUGAGCCCUGUCACCCCCAGCUCGGCCACACCGCCUCCGAGCCGGGCGGCAGGGCGCCCCGCGGCAGCUGCUCCCCCGGUUCCUCGGGCUCGGCCAGCCUCAGGAACCCCCGGUACCGAGUGGUGCUGCUGGGUGACCCCGGCGUGGGGAAGACCAGCCUGGUUAACCUCUUCGCCGGCGUCCAGGAGAGGGACCUGCUGGAGCAGCAUGGAGGGGCCGCGUACGAGCGCAGGCUGACCGUGGAUGGCGAGGAGACCACGCUGCUGGUGCUGGACACCUGGGAGCCAGAGCGGGGUGAGGAAAGCCAGCGCCAUAGCCACUGCCUGCAGGUAGGAAACGCCUACAUCAUCGUUUACUCUGUCACUGACCGGGACAGCUUCGAGAGCGCCUCAGAGCUGCGCAUCCAACUGCGCCGUGCGCGCCAGGCUGAGGACAUCCCCAUCAUCCUGGUGGGCAACAAAACCGACCUGGUGCGGUGCCGUGAGGUGUCCGAGGAAGAGGGCCAGGCCUGCGCCGCUGUCUUCGACUGCAAGUUCAUUGAGACGUCGGCAGCUCUGCAGCACAACGUGGCCGAGCUCUUUGAGGGGGUGGUGCGGCAGAUCCGCCUGCGCCAAGGGGGCAAGAAGUCCCACCUGCACCCCAUGCCUGGCCAUAAGCACAAGGAGAGCCUCGCCAGCAGAGCCCGGCACUUCCUCGACAGGCUGGUGACCAGGAACAGCAGCAGAGUGGCCCUCAAAGUCCGUUCCAAGUCCUGCCAUGACCUGUCUGUGCUCUGAGAGUCACGGUCCUGUC